AUGCGCAAAAAGGGACCUCCGACACCCAGUGUCCAGGCAACUUGCAUCCGGAUCGUGGGACGUUUGUUUUUCAGCAGGCUCUUGAGCUUUGAUGCCGCAUCCCUCAGCACACUUCGAAGACCAUCGCACCACACAAAUGACAACACAAGAACCAUGCAGACCACAGGAACAAAACAACAACACACGGUGGAGCCUCCAGGGCUAUUCGACAUGGCAGGCACAGGUGGCGAUUCAGGUUCGCCCGCCAGCGGCAAGUGGCGAAUACUUGCAGGAGUCAGCGUCGUCUCAACCUCUGUCGCACUGUACGUUCGGUUUCAUCACCUUCUCACAGUCGCGAGCUUGCGUAGGAAUCAUGACUUCAUCACGACGCUGGUGGAUCAAAAUCCAGUUCUAGCGCCGCUUUGCUACAUCGCAGUCCUGGUUGCAGUGAUCGGGAUCACCUGUCCAGGUGCGACAAUGCUCAGCUUCCUUGGCGGGGUCUUGUUCAAGCAGCCCUACGCCAGCGCGUACGCAUAUUGUGGUUACAUCAUCGGUGCGACAAUUUCAUACUUUGUGACGACCUUCGUGUUGGGAGACUACAUGCGGAAGCGCCUGGCUGCCAACUCCCAGCUUUACCAGAAGUUCGAGGCCAACGUGCGUCGCAAUGCUUUCGCCUACCUCGUGGCCGCUCGCUACACAAUGGUCUUCCCAUUUUUCUUCGUGAACGGUGCAGCUGCACUGGUAGGCGUUCGAUGCAGGACCUUCAUCGCUGCAACCUCUGUGAGUUGCAUCCCCGGAUCGGUCAUCUACACCACAGCCGGCGGCGCGCUGGCGAACUUGUUGCACAAGAUGACCGACGAUGAGGAGCUGGACAAGACACAGCUAAUCUGGGCGGCACUCAGCGACCCGAACGUCAAAAUAUGCAUGGCCGGUGUCACAUGCGCCCUUAUUGUGGUUGCCAUCAUCCAGCUCACCCAGUCUGAUGAAGAGAAGAAGGCAUCAAAGGGUCCUGCUCUCAACAUCCAGUCUCAUGAGAACAGGGCUUUUAAGGCAUAUGCCUUUUCUCGCUCCGGUGAGGUGAGUAGUGCACCGGGAGCUUCUGGCCCUUCGGUGCUGCAUAGAGUGAAGGGCCCUGAGGCCAAAGAUCGGUGUCAGGUGACGGCAGGGGAACCGCGAAGCACAAAAGGCUGCUCGGUUUUGGAGCGCCGAUUCUUGCCAUGGAAUUCGGAACACGAACAAAGCUUUCGCACAGAGCCCUGUGCCCCUCGGGAGGGGAGUGCAGAGCAUGCCCACGGCCUCGCACGAGCGACGUUGGGCGAGGCCUCUCCGUCUGGGAGAGAACGGGAGGGUACAGAGCCUUCAGUGCGAUGGAAGUGUGAAAGUCCGAACACAGAGACAUGUUGUUGGAUGCUUUCCACAUCGCACCGUUGGCGGUGCAAUGAGUUCAUAGGCAGCUGCACGGCGCAGGCUUCUUGCCCUUGA